AUGUGUCACCCCCGUGUGUUAUCCCCGUGUGUCACCCCCGUGUGUCACCCCCUGUGUCACCCCCGUGUGUUAUCCCCGUGUGUCACCCCCGUGUGUCACCCCCUGUGUCACCCCCGUGUGUUAUCCCCGUGUGUCACCCCCGUGUGUCACCCCCUGUGUCACCCCCGUGUGUUAUCCCCGUGUGUCACCCCCGUGUGUCACCCCCUGUGUCACCCCCGUGUGUUAUCCCCGUGUGUCACCCCCGUGUGUCACCCCCUGUGUCACCCCCGUGUGUUAUCCCCGUGUGUCACCCCCGUGUGUCACCCCCUGUGUCACCCCCGUGUGUUAUCCCCGUGUGUCACCCCCGUGUGUCACCCCCUGUGUCACCCCCGUGUGUUAUCCCCGUGUGUCACCCCCGUGUGUCACCCCCUGUGUCACCCCCGUGUGUUAUCCCCGUGUGUCACCCCCGUGUGUCACCCCCUGUGUCACCCCCGUGUGUUAUCCCCGUGUGUCACCCCCGUGUGUCACCCCCUGUGUCACCCCCGUGUGUUAUCCCCGUGUGUCACCCCCGUGUGUCACCCCCUGUGUCACCCCCGUGUGUUAUCCCCGUGUGUCACCCCCGUGUGUCACCCCCUGUGUCACCCCCGUGUGUUAUCCCCGUGUGUCACCCCCGUGUGUCACCCCCUGUGUCACCCCCGUGUGUUAUCCCCGUGUGUCACCCCCGUGUGUCACCCCCUGUGUCACCCCCGUGUGUUAUCCCCGUGUGUCACCCCCGUGUGUCACCCCCUGUGUCACCCCC